GGGCCUAUUGUUUUAUGACAACAUGACAACUUGACAACCAAGAAGUGUUUUGUACAAGCUUAUGAAGCUUAUAAUGAUUUUUAAAUAUAUUAAUUCAUUUCGUUCUUAUCAUUCAUUGCUCUCGAUUUCUAAAACCUGCAGUAUGAAUCAAGACAAAUGCUAUUUUAGAUAUAUUAAAAAUCUUGAGAUGGUAAACAUUACAUUUCUAUUUCAUGUUAAAGAUAAUGUGAGGCAAUUUAAUUUAAGUAGAAAACCUUCGGAAAGUUUAGAAAUACUGUGCAAUCGUAUUGCGACAAAUGUUCAAAAGGCUUGCAACAAGAAAUCAAAGAAAAAAAAGCAUGAUAUUGAGCAAGAAAUUGAGGUAAAUAUUUACGAUAACAGAAAUAAUCCAAUUUCUAAAAACUGUAGCUGUGCUGAAUUAUUUUCCUAUCAGCAUCCAAUUUUAAAAAUUUCGGAAAAACGUUAUGAUAUAUUACUCAAUGCGCCUUGGAUCAUUAAUUUUAAAUUACCAAAAACUAUAUUAAUGGGAUUUCCUGUUUAUCCUGAAAAUUUUGAAACUCAUUUUAUGGAGAGACGACUGAGUGUAUUUAAUUGGUAUAGAGGUAGGGCAUACAAUGAAAAAGGAAAUGAGGUUAGUGACAUGCAUAUUCAAUGGGAAUUUAUUAUAAAUAGCUUCUAUUACACACCAACUAAAGAAGAUAUUGGUCUGAAGUUAAAGUUGGAGUGUAUACCAGUAAAUACAAAUAGUAUAGGUCCAGCUGUGGAAUUUGUGACAAAAAGUACAGUGGAAGCUGGUCCUGGCCCUUGUCCAUUUGAAAGUAGACAUGCAUUCACUGCAAAUAAAUUGAAGGAUAAAAGUUUCCGUUGUGUGUCAUACAAUAUAUUAGCUGAUUUAUACUGCGACUCUGAAUUUGCACAUACUGUUUUACACCCAUACUGCCCACCAUAUGCUUUGCAUAUUGAUUAUAGGAAGCAACUUAUAUUGAAAGAAUUAAAAGGUUAUAACGCUGAUAUCAUUUGUCUUCAAGAAGUUGAUUCUAAAGUUUUUAAUGGCAGCUUAAAAACAUUUUUGGAGUGUGAUGGAUUAGAAGGCUUGUUUUAUAAAAAGGCAAAGUCUGUUGCAGAGGGUUUGGCCUGCUUCUAUAGAAGAGAAAGAUUUAAGCUCAUAGGUGAUGAUAACAUAUUUUUAGCAACAGCCCUAAAAAAUGAAACUUGUCUGAAGUCAAUUUGGAGUGCAAUAAAAGACAACGAACCAUUAUUGGAAAGAGUUCUGGACAGAUCAACUGUAGGAAGUGCAACAUUUUUGCAAUCAACUGAAAAUCCAAAUGAAAUUCUUUUAGUUGGCAAUACUCAUUUAUAUUUUCAUCCAGACGCAGAUCAUAUAAGAUUACUUCAAGGAGGCAUUAUUAUAUAUUGGAUAAGAGAGUUACAGAAAAAACUAAUAAAACAGCAUCCAGGAAAAAGAGUAAGCCUCAUAUUGUGCGGAGACUUUAAUAGUGUUCCGUCUUGCGGUAUUUAUCAAUUAUAUACAACAGGUGUGGCGCCGAGCACUCUCCCUGAUUGGGUAUCAAAUAAAAAUGAGGCCAUUACUGGGUUAAAUUUAACUCAAGACACAAUAUUAGAUAGUGCUUGUGGUACUCCGGAGUACACAAAUUUUACUCAGGGAUUUGCCGAUUGCAUAGAUUAUAUUUUUUAUGAAAAGAAUAAUUUGAAAGUAGAACAGGUCAUACCUAUGCCAAGUACAGAAGAGCUGAAGACGCAUGUUGCAUUACCAAGCAUUGUUUUUCCGUCAGACCAUAUUGCUAUCAUAUCAGAUUUACAGUUUAGAUAAUGUACAUAGUCAUAUACAUAUAAAUUAAAAUAAAUAAAUCAAUAAAUAUAUUUUUGACUAA